AUGGCCUCAGCUGACAUGGUUCUCUGUCCUCUGCACGGCUGCAACAAGGUUCCGCGUCGGGCUCUGUGGUGGAAGCAGCAAGAUUCGCUUGAGAAACAAAUUUAUGAUCUUGCAAUGGAGUUUCUUUGUCAGGAACUUCGUCUGCUUUCAGUGGGCCACAGAACAGAACUGCAGAACAAAUUUGGCAUACGUUGGCAGAAGGAAGGAGCCUACGUGGUAUGGCAACAGGCCUGGCUCUGGCUUGAAAAUGAACACAAACCAGAGUUCAUUCGACGAACCUUUUCGGUCAACAUGGAGUUUGCCAAAAGCGUUCUGGACGGGGCUUAUGCUGCAGAUAUUGGUUGCUCGGUUUGUCUGGAUAGGUUGGACUGA